AUGGCCAGGUACGAUCCCCGCUACCCGGUGGGCAAGACGAGGCUCGAGACCAUCGGUGUCAUAAUCUCCGCCGCCAUCAUGUCGGCAGCGUCCAUCGAAGUGAUGCAGUCAUCUGUGAUGGAGCUGUUGAGCUCCGAGCACGAGAUCUCUCUGGACAUCUACACGUACGUCAUCCUUGGCUCGACCAUUGUUCUCAAGAUCUUCCUCUUCUUCUACUGCUACCAGCUGCGUGAGGUCUCUGGUUCCGCGCUUGCAGUCGCGGAAGAUCACUUCAACGACAUCAUUUCCAACUCGGGGGCAAUCAUGACGGCUGCUCUUGCCAGCGAGCGCGCAGACCUGUGGUGGAUGGACCCUGUGGGAGGAGGGUUGAUCGCUGUGUACAUAGUGUUCCGGUGGAUUAUCCUGGCGAAGAACCACAUCGACAAGCUGGUUGGCAUCUGUGCGGACCCUGAGUUCAUCGAGCACGUCAAGCAGGUCGCCGAUACCCACCAUAGCCUCCUGCAGACUGACGCCAUCCGCGUGUACUACUUCGGCCAAAGACACAUCGUGGAGCUGGAGGUGAUCCUUCCUGCCACCAUGACGGUGCGAGAGAGUCACGACAUCGCGCUCGAGCUGCAGCAUCGCAUCGAAGCGCUGGAUGAAGUUGAGCGGUGCUUCGUUCAUGUGGACUAUCAGUCACGGCAGGACGAGCUGCCGGAGCACAAGACCGAACGGGAGCUGAUCCUCGGUGCGGGUGAGAUGCUGCCAGGGCGAAGCAGCUGGUGUUGA